AUGUGUUUUUUUGUUGUUGGCGGUCACCGCUAUUGUGGUCAUCUAGGAAGUGAGGCGGUCAGUAAAGAUGGAGACAGCGAGGACAAAUUGUUCAAUAGGGUGGUCCAGCGCAGUGUGAAACUGACCGCCGUCGUGCACGUUGGCAAGACUGGUAUUUGCAAGCUACGUGCCUGA